AUGUCGAGUCUGACUCCCAUCACACUACCCUCGUCAGCGCCGUUCCCCCUCAUCGUGUCGUCCAUCCUCGUCCGUCCAGGAGACACAAUCCCCAAGCACAAGACCAUUCUCAAAUACAAAUACUGGGACUACCAAGAUGACCCCAAUUCCAAGGAAGAAGUGCCUCCCAAAAUCCGCGUGGAGUGUAUCGGCAGCUUUGAGAGCCCUGUACAAGGACAGGUUCUGGCAGUGGCAGUGUCUCUUAACCAGGAGAUACUCCACCAGGGCCAGCAAAUCUGUACCAUCGUGGAACCUUGCACCCACACGGUGCAAUACGGAGGCCUCUGCGCGUUGUGUGGCAAGGCAGUCGAGGAUGAGAAGGACUAUACAGGCUACUCCUACGACGACCGUGCCACCAUCUCCAUGUCCCACGACAAUACCGGGUUGAAAAUCAGUUUGGACGAAGCCACUAAGAUAGAGCAGAGUACUACCGACAGGUUGGCAGAGGAGAAGAAAUUGAUCUUGGUGGUAGACUUGGACCAGACAGUCAUCCACGCCACCGUGGACCCCACGGUGGGUGAGUGGCAGCGAGACCCCUCCAACCCCAACUACCCGUUUGUGAAGGAUGUGAAAAGCUUCUGUUUGGAAGAAGAAGUGGUGGCGCCCCCUGGUUGGACUGGCCCCCGUUACGCCCCUACGAAGUGCUGGUACUACGUCAAGGUCAGGCCAGGCUUGCCGGAAUUUCUCGAAGAAAUCUCCAAGCUCUACGAGCUCCAUAUCUACACAAUGGCCACCCGAAACUACGCUCUUUCAAUUGCCAAAAUCAUCGACCCAGAUGCCAAAUAUUUCGGUGAUCGUAUUCUCAGCAGAGACGAAAGUGGUUCGUUGACCCAUAAGAAUCUCAAACGUUUAUUUCCCGUGGACCAGUCUAUGGUGGUGAUUAUUGAUGAUAGAGGCGAUGUUUGGCAAUGGGAAAGCAACUUGAUCAAAGUAGUGCCGUAUGACUUCUUUGUGGGAACUGGUGAUAUAAACUCCAGUUUCUUGCCAAAGAAGAACGGCCAAUUGACAGGGCCCAUGAAGAAGAGAAAGUCAAUUGCUCGCUUGGAACAAGAACUUGAAAAGGAAGAACAAAAAACUUCACCAAAGGAUGAAACGGAUACCUCGCCCGAUGCUUCUUCUCCCGUGGACAGAAUAUUGGAGUUAGCGGGUGGAGAAGAUAAUACUAAUUUGUUAAUUGAACAAUCGAUAACAAGAAACCAGUCAAUUGAACAACAACAACACGAUCGCCCACUAGCUAAAUUACAAGAGCAAUUGCAUAACCAACAUCAUAAUGGAACUCAUCUGGAUAGCAAUUCCAGAUCCAGCUCGCCAGGAUCUUCUGAUAAGGAGGAUGAAGAAGAUGAGGAAGAUGAGGACGAGAAUUUGCUUUACGACGAUGACAACGAAUUGUUCUCUCUAAACAAAGCAUUAGUCAACAUCCAUUCCGAGUAUUAUAAAAUACUUGAGAAAGGCAUAGUUACCAACCCACAAUUUAGACCAGACUUAACUAGAAUUGUUCCACAAAUGAAAAGUAACUGUUUGAAAGGAGUCACCAUAUUGUUUUCUGGUAUAAUUCCGUUAGGUGUCAACAUCAACUCUGCAGAUAUUGUCAUAUGGUGUAAGCAGUUUGGCGUUGAGGUUGUGAAUGAAGUUUUUCCAGAAGUUACCCAUGUUGUAUGCCGAGACUCUGCCAACGGACCUGGGCCCACUUUUAAGGCUAGAGUUGCUCGUAAACUUUUGCCCAAUGCCAAAAUUGUUAACCCAGACUGGUUGUUUGCUUGUUUGAGUACAUGGAGCAAGGUGGACGAGAAAGACUACUUGAUCUCGCAAAAUCAACCAGAGGACUGGAAGGUGAACCAAAAAGACAUUGAAAAGUACCAAAAGGCCGUGGAAAGAAAGUUGGAAAAGAACGUAGUUGGAGCCACAACUAUUGAGACUGCCCCAUUCGAGCAAUAUGAUUUUGAAGAUGCAAACCAAGAAGUCGAUGAUUUCCUUGCUGAUAUUAGCGAUGACGAAGAUCCGGAUGACGAUGUAGUCGACGGAGUGGAUGAAGAAGACGAAGAAGACAAGACAACAAGUACGUCUGUUGAUUCGUUCAUAAAGGAUGCAUACAAAGCCAAGCGUCCCAGGAUCGACGACGAGUUAGACGACGAGUUGGACGAGAGUCCCACGAACGGUACUCACAAAAAACAAAAGGUGGAGGAACCAGUUGCUAUAGUAGAGGACUUGGAUGAGCUCGAGAAGGAGCUUCUUGACGGUUUCGACGACUUAGAAGAAGAAUAG